GCGAGAAGGGUGUUCCAGAUGUUAAUGGAUGGUUGGGAAGAGUUCGGAUCAGAUUUUCCUUUAGAUUUUAUACGUUUAUCCCUAUUUAUAAAUUGAAAUCAACUUAUCGAUUCAUAAAAUAAGUUCGUACGGUGCAAAUGCGGUCGUGUGUGUUUUAAGUGUUCGAAUGCAUGAUUAGGCUAGAAUACCAUCCAUAGGCAAGCUAAAAUGGCGAUUUAAGAAGGACUGUUGUAUGUGCAAAAGUAUUUUUACUACAAAGCUACAAUAAUGGAAGAUACUUCGCUUAAUCAGAAUGGAGGGCAAAUGAGUUCCCAAGCAGCAAAUUCGACAAACAACAAGCAAAUUGAAGAAGCCGCUCAAAAAACCCAUUACUCUAUUCCAGGUAUAUUGCAUUUUAUUCAACACGAAUGGGCGAGAUUCGAAUUGGAACGAACCCAAUGGGAAGUGGACAGAGCGGAACUCCAAGCUAGGAUUGCGUUCUUACAAGGGGAGAGAAAAGGCCAAGAAAAUUUGAAAAAUGACUUGGUGCGUCGUAUAAAAAUGCUGGAAUAUGCUUUGAAACAAGAAAGGGCAAAGUUUCACAAGUUGAAAUACGGUACCGAGCUGCAACAAGGUGAUAUGAAGCCUCCAAUAAUUGAGGAAAGUGGAGAAUCUCAAUUAGACAUUGAGCAGAGCUACGUAUCAGUGUCCAAUUCAACUUGGAAGCAAGGCAGGCAGUUGCUCAGGCAGUAUUUGCAGGAAAUUGGGUAUACUGACAGAAUAAUUGAUGUCAGAUCUACACGGGUUAGAGCAUUACUGGGCUUAAACAACAAUAAUCCAGAACAGGAGGAGAGUCAUAAUGGCGGACCAGUAAAUGGUAAUGAAUCUAAUAAGAGGGCCAGUGAAACACAGGGGAGAAGAACUCCAGCCAAAAAGUCACAGCCGAGUUCUCUAGCGGAGGCAAUGAUGCUAGAUACUGAGGCCGCAGUGAUGGCAAACCUGGAAUUUCUGUCCAAUACUGAUGUUGACAUGGAAGACGAUGACGAUAUGAGCGACGAAGGAGACAUAGAUCCAUCCGCUGAUAUGGAAGAUGAAGUAAAACAGAAUAAGAAAGGCGAGGACGUGGACGCCUUGGCAUUGGAAGUUUUCAAUGAAUUGAAUCGGCUCUCGGAAGCCGAAAAGAAACAAGAACACAAGAACGAACCGACCGAUUGGAACAAAAGUAAACUUAGGAUAAAAUUGUCCCUUAACAAAAAAAACGACUUUGUUAUUUUAGCCCAAGUUCCUAAACGGCCUUUAGGUCUGAGCGAAGAAGAUCACAUAGACUCCGCAUUGGGUUUAGGUGAAUUGGCUCAGUUGACGGUCAACAACGACGCCGAAAACAGUUACGACAUCGCGAGCAGCAAAGAAGCCUUCCGGAAGACGUGGAUCGCGAAAUAUACCCUCCGCAGUCAUUUCGACUCUGUGAGGGCCUUGGCCUUCCACCCCACUGAACCCGUAUUAAUUACGGCCAGCGAGGAUCACACUUUGAAAUUGUGGAAUUUGCAGAAAACCGUUCAAGCGAAGAAGAGUGCCAGUUUAGACGUGGAACCUUUGUACACCUUCAGAAGUCACGCAGGACCUGUACUCUGCCUUGCUAUAUCGGGAACAGGGGAACAUUGCUAUUCCGGAGGUUUAGAUGGGGCGAUCAACUGUUGGAACAUACCGAACUCAAAUAUCGAUCCUUAUGAUUUGUUCGAACCUGAUAUAUUAAACACAACCCUGAAUGGUCAUUCGGAUGGCGUGUGGGGUUUAGCUGUGCUGAAUUCGAGGCAGCAAGUGGUGUCCUGUGCCGCCGAUGGAACCGUAAAGCUGUGGGCUCCACAUAGCAAGGUUCAACUGCUGAACACGUUCGUUUCGGAGCAAGACGGAAACCCGUCUAGUGUGGAUUUCGUGCGCGACGAACCGAAUCGAAUAGUCGCUUCUUACACGUCCUCCCAUUGCGUCAUAUUCGACGCGGAAACCAGCAAACCGGUCCUCCGAUUGGAAUCUUCCGCGCAGGACGGCGUCAACAUCAACGCCAGGUACAUAAACAAAAUCGUUUCGCAUCCGACGCUGCCCCUGACAAUAACGGCUCACGAAGACAGACACAUCCGGUUCUGGGACAAUCACACCGGCAAGAUGGUACACUCGAUGGUGGCCCAUCUGGAUGCUGUGACGAGUUUGGCUGUCGACCCGAACGGGCUGUACAUUUUGUCCGGUUCUCAUGACUGCUCUAUACGAUUGUGGCAUUUGGAUAACAAAACUUGCGUGCAAGAAAUCACGGCCCAUCGGAAAAAGUUCGACGAGAGCAUUUUGGACGUGGCCUUCCAUCCAUCACGACCCUACAUAGCCAGCGCGGGUGCUGACGGAUUAGCCAAAGUAUUCGUUUAAUUCCAGCAAAUAUUUAUAUAUUUUUUACUUUGGUAUAUAAUUACCGAACGGAGGCAAAACGCUUGUUCCAAAAGUGACGGGCCCAUUGAAAAAAAAAAGAAAAAAAGAAGAUAGUUGAAAAUUUAGAUGGCCGACUUUUGUUCGGCGCGUAGUUAGUGAUUUACUCAAGAGUUACGUAGGUGCUAGAGGUUUCGCCUAAAAUAUGAUGUUUUUUUAGUUCCCAAAUUGCGUGUCUCUUUUGGGACGAUUUUUGUUACACCGACACAUUACGGAGACUCGGAAAACGAUAAUUUUGUCGAUAUGGUUAAUCGAAACCCCAUUUAUUAGUUGCAUGUUAGUGUACAUCUAUUUUUUUUAUAUAUAUAUAUAUUACGAGUCUAGUACUUUUUCGUUCAAUCAGUCUUGUAUCAGUUUAGCUUAGGUGUACAUAAUAUAUAACAAUGAAUUUUUUAAUUUGUAUAUAUUAAUCCCAUCCGAUAUAAUCUUUUGUAAAUAAGUUUAUUUAUUUUUAUUUUAAGUGAUAUAAAUGCGAAAGCGUGAUUGUGUGCAACAGAUCUGUUGUAUAUAACACCGAGAAAAAAUCGCCUUUGUUAAACAGUUGCUUGUUUGGUUGAAACGUGCCUGUAGAUAACUAUUAAUUGUUAAUUUUUAAACAGGGGUUCAUCAUUUUUAUAACAUUGAUUGAUUCGAGCGGAACUUGGCCACCAUAGGUGCAGUUCUGCUACUUUUUGAUGAGAUGAUGUAACCUCAAACCUGUUCCUUCGAUGUGGUUGAAGUGAGCAAAAUUAAAUGAUAAGAAAUAACCUUCACCUAAAUCACAUCAGUAACGCAGAACGAAAGAAUACUUUCAUCAUCAAGCUGGUUGACAGUUGACAUUUGACAUUUAUUUGACAUCACGCCUUAUCAAUAAUAAACGUAAUUAAGAAGCAUUUUUUCAACAUUUAAUAAUCGUAAGCCUUUCGCACGGCGACCAUCAAGUGAGCAACUGUGUUAUUUACUCUUUUAGAAUAGAUAUUGUAUUAUUUGUGAUACCAGCUAUAAAAAAGUACAUACGAUAAUAAAGUGUAGUAUUUGAAUUGUUUUCUUUAACAACACUUUAAACUGCCUUAUUAUUACGCUGUUGGAGACUAAAUUGAGUUUCGCUCUUCAUUGCACUAUGGGCAACGUAAUUUCUUUGGUGUUUUCCGUAAUUUAAGUUAAUAAAUGCUGAUUUUAAUGUUUCUGUUGUCCUUUUGUAAUUUGAGGCAUUGAAAACCAAGUGACCCACGCUAAUUAGAAUUUAUAGUUUUUAAUGUUUCACUUCACAGUUUUCCAGUUCUAAAUUAUUUGAAAAAUUCCGUCUUUACUAAUAUGCUUCCCAGGUUUUGAGUUACUUCCAUUAAUGUGUGUUUAAAUUUGACCUAAAAGUCCACAGUAACUGUUGUUUGAUUUCAGCGUAGUGUUUCCUAGUGUGCAUAUCAAGAUCAUCGCUACUACCAUGGGGACUAAAGUCUGCCUUUGAAUUGUCACAAGUCAGUAAAGUAUUAACCAGGAUUAAUGUAAGUUGUGAUAAUCCCAAUGGUUUUUUAUCAUAUUUCCCAAAAGUAGUUGAGAGAUUGUAGUUAACCCUGCAUUGUCGGACUUCAAAAAUCACCUCUAUAACUAUUUCCUGACCAUAAUAUUUCAUAAAGUGUCUAAAUUUCCUUGGUUUUAAUUAAACUCGGCAACAUAGAAAUAGAAAAAAUUUGUGUUUAAUUAUAACCUAAGAUGAAAAAUCUUAUAUUUACAAAGAGUGUUUUGAACUGAAGUGGCUUUUACUCCAUUUAACAAAAUAAAUAAGAACUAAAAGUUCACAUUUUCACGAAGUUAUAUACAACACCGUGUCUUUAUCAAAUGAUAUUUGAUGAAGACGCGGUGUUGUCGAAACAAUUGUCAUGUGGAAAUAUAGAAUUUCGUGAAAAUCUGAACUUUUAGUUCUUAUUUAUUUUGAAUAGUGUUUUAUUUGACCAACAAAACCGAGGAACUUUAAUACCCUUUAAAAAAAAUCGUAUUUGACUUGAAUAUGCUCUUAAUAUGCACAUUUUGCGCUGUAUAUUGAAAAAGAAAGGACGAUGGAAAACUGUAUAUUUUUUUCAGAUUUUUAAAUUUUGUUUCAAGUGCGACCAAGUUUCGGUUGGCUGGGGCACUGUCAGCCCUUAAAUUUAAAACUCAGAGAAAGUUGUUUGUAAUGUUCGCUGACUAUUUUUUUAGUAUCGAUGCGUUUUUCUUAACGGAAUUUCUAGGUACAAUCAUUUAGAAUAGUUUUACAAAUAAUCCAUAGGGAUACAUUUUGUGAAAAGUAUAUGAUGUCAUCACAAUCAAUUUAAUUAUUUUCUUAAGUGAAUCUUUUUCUUUGUAUCUACACUUAAAAAUUGCUAUUGGUUACCCAUCGAGUUCCUUUAUCCAUUAACAACAAUACUUAUUACAACUUAAUAAAUGAAUAAAAAGUAUACACAAACAAUGCAUAUGGUGUUAGAUUAGUGAAAUAAGUUAAAGUGAAAAUCAAGUACCAAAAUGUAAUAAAACUCCUUUGAGAUCUCAACUGCUACAAACUAGUGUUCAAUCUACACAAUAAUUCACCCUUAGUUGUAUCAAUAGGAUUUUUUUUAACGUUGUGUGUGUACUUUUUACUGUCAAUGUGAAGAGAUGUCACUCAAUGUGAUUUUAUACCUUUCUAAAUUUUUGUAUUCAACAUACGUUUUAGUUACAGCUAGCGAAUUCUAAAGUAGCGCGUAAAAUAUUGUAUCAAACUCCGUGUAAAAAAAGCCCACAAUAA